GUGUCGGUAAGGUUAUCCGGUGGUGGGUGGAGUGCGCAUGUGCUGCCGUUCCCCACUGUCGUCGCGCCAUGGCGGAUUCGGUGGUUGUUGCCGCGGCCGCAGAACCGGCUCCCUCUGCUCUUCUCUCCUUGGACCCGGAGCGGCAAAAAGAGUUCCAGGCGAAGGUGCAGCGCGUGAGGAAGACGGCCGCUGCCAAGGUUGAAAAGCUGACCCCUGGUGUCAUUUACUUGGGUCAUAUUCCUCAGGGCCUUUAUGAACCACAGCUCAAAGAAUACUUCAGUCAGUUUGGGACAGUCACAAGGCUUCGACUUGCAAGGAGUAAAAAGACUGGGGGCACUAAAGGCUAUGCAUUUCUGGAAUUUGAAUGUGAUGAAGUUGCUAAGAUUGUUGCAGAUACCAUGAACAACUACCUUUUCUGUGAGCGACUCUUGAAAUGCCAGUUUAUGCCACCUGAAAAAGUGCAUGGCAACCUCUUCAAAGGCAGUGAGAAGAAAUUCAGUAAGCCCUCCCAUCCAGCAGUAAGUCGCUAUAAUCGGACACGAUCAGCCCAGCAGAAAGCAAAGAUGAUGCGGCGGCUGCUGAAGAAAGAGAGUUGCUUGCGGAAAAGACUGGCCGAGAAGGGGAUCGAUUACGAUUUUCCUGGCUUUGCUGCUGAAAGACCUGUGACAAAGAAGCUCUUGAAAUCAGACUCCAGCAUGAAUGUGUCCGUAAACAGUGAGGAUCCUACCCCGGUGUGUACGCCAACAGUUCUUGAGCGCCGAAAAUCUCAGCCAGAAGAUAAUGCAACUGAAGAGGCAGAAAUAAUUUUCAAACUGCCACCUUCAAGUGCAAAGAUUGCUGUGCAAAAAACCAAAACAAAGUCAAAAAGGAAAACUGCCAAGACAGUGAAAUGUAAAACUUAAAUAUUUCUUUGCCCAAAGGACUUCUUUGAAUACAUAUGGGAGUUCCCAGUGGUCCUGUUUUUGGAAGGCGGGGGGCAUGAAUAAUUUCACUGCUUUAUUUCUGUCAUUUGACUGUCAAACCAGUAUAAAUAAACCCAGAUUUCUGUAUUACAAGAUAAAAUAUUUUUAGAUGCUACCAAUUUGGAGCUGUUUCUGUCCUAAGGGGAAAGAAGCUGUGCUUCCUGCUUUGGGCUUUUUUCCCCAACAGUGGAUGACCAAAGUCAAAAAAAUUGUGUCCCAAAUUCCUGCAGAGGAACUGUGCAAAAUGGGAAAACGCAGAUAAGAUGUUGUUGAAAGCAGAGUAUUGAGGAAUACUCUUCCUUCUAUAAUUCAGUUUCAAAAUAAAUUUCAAAUCAAGUCA